CAACAUGGCAGCCUCCUGAAAUUCGGAUUUUUGCCUAAUAAUUUUUCUUAUUUCGAUGAUUUCCUACAUAAUCUAGUCAAUAUGGUUUAUUCCACCUUGUGUAAACUGCUGCAGAAGCAGACGUACGAUGUGUUGUCGCAUCGAUAUGGGACGUAUGUUGUGCUUGCUGGUCUCACUUUGGUGAUUAUUUCAGCACUUCAAUUUGGAGAGGUGACUUUGGAAUGGAGUAAAGAAAAAUAUGCUGCUGUGUUCAGUUCGUAUAGUGACAACAUCGCUGGCAAAUCAUACCAAAGCAGACUUUGUCUUCCUGUUCCGAUAGAUGUUGUGUACACGUGGGUGAACGGCACCGAUCCACGUCUGCUUGCCGAUCUCAAACGCUUCAAGGCAAAAAUGGAGGGGGAGCUCAAUCUGACUAAAUCUGAAUCAACAAUUAGUCCUGAAAACAAAGAAUGCUCAUUUUCUCAAUGUGUUCCUGCAAACAUGGUCGUACUCACUCCACCUCUCCCUGACAACAUCAACCUCAAGAAAUUAACACGGAUUUACAGCCCGUUUGAAAAGGUGCUCAAAUUUUUCCACAUCAAUACGGACGUUGCUGGGAAUCGAACGAUAUUCGUGUUCGAAAAGGACUCUGAAGUGGACGAAAUACUCAAAUUGAAUAUGAAAAUCGGGAAAACAAACUUUACAGCAGCAAAGGGAUACUUGACAAGUGAUUGGACGGUUCAUCGCAGCGUCCUACUAAAUGACAUCAUCAUGAUGUCGGGAUUCUCGGAUAAACUCUCGGCUGGCGAACUCAAACAGAAAUUUCCGGAGAAGUACAAGAAAUCAAUUACCAAGAUUGAGAUUAACGAACAGCAGGGUGUGGCUGUGCUACAUGUCCCAAAUAAGGCCGACUUUGAAAGCUUGCUGCAGGACGGCAAUCUGACGAUCGGUGGUAAAGAGCCCUCAAUGAAUGCUGCUAACAUAGUGUGGGAUCUGAACGUGGACGCUUUAUCGGAAGAAUAUGCUGCUCAUAGAUUUGCUGAUAACGAGGAGCUUCGUUAUUCGCUGCGGUCGAUUGAAAAAAAUGCUCCCUGGGUGCGCCAUAUCUUCAUUGUGACGAACGGGCAGAUCCCGUCGUGGUUGAACCUGGACCACCCUCGCCUCACUCUAGUCACUCAUAACGAUAUCUUUGUCAAUAAGAGUCACCUCCCUAACUUUGCGUCGCCUGCGAUAGAGAGUCACCUCCAUCGGAUCCCGGGCCUCUCCGAUAAGUUCAUCUACAUGAACGAUGAUGUCAUGUUUGGUAAAGAGGUGUGGCCUGAUGACUUCUACACACAAGCUCGCGGACAGAAGAUCUACCUCACAUGGCCCGUCCCAAACUGCCGCGAAGGCUGCCCGUCGACGUGGAUUAAAGAUGGCUACUGCGACAAGGCGUGUAACAACACGGAAUGUGAAUGGGACGGCGGUGACUGUGCUGCGGGCGGGUCGAACCAGAUGCAGAUCGGCGGCGGCGCACUCAGUCAGAACUUCGCACAAAAUUGGGCCCACACAUCGGAAAAAAUGUAUUGUGCUACUGGCUGUGCCAAUAGCUGGAUAGCCGAUCGUUUCUGUGACCAGGCGUGCAACGUGAAGGCGUGUGGUUUUGACGCUGGCGACUGCGGUGAUAAAAACUUCCACCAGAUACAUAAGAUUGAUAUUACUCCAGGAGAACAUCAGUAUAUCGCCCCGAAAGGUGAGACCAUCAUGUACUUCAAUCUGACCGCGGUUUACGGAAAUGGUUCCAUCGACUGGGGGAAGUACAACGAGAGUGCGGUCAUUCGCUCAGCAACCUUGACACAGCGCUACAAGACGUUUCAUCUGUUGGUGUUGGCCGGCAUGAACGAAACCAAGCUGCCGUUUAUGUUCAGAGGCGUAAAUAAAGCAGGACGGAAGGAAUUGUUCGAGGUAAAUGUUAUUGUUGAUACGAGACCCGUGCAGACAACACAGGUAGACCUAGAAGAAAGCGCAAAUGUUACAGUUUCUAAGAAUGGAACAGAAGCACCAUUUACCUUUAAGGAUGUUCCGUUGGAUAUCAGGAAUCCAAAAGUCCUUCACGCGGCUCUCCCAGCCAGCCAACAGAAGGUGUCACCUGAUUUUGCAGAGUAUUUGUUUCCCGAAGAAGAGAUGCAGGCAGCAGUUGAUGACCUCCUGGUGGAGAAGAGAAACGGUGAAAUAACGGAGAAAGGUUAUCAAAUCAUGGCGAACAGACUGUGGACGGAAUAUCUCCAGAAGUUGAAGAUCAGUGGUAAAGUUCCUAAUCUGCAGAAGAGACCGCAACCAGAAAGAAAGAAUAUUACAGAAAAUGUGGCUGCGGUUGAUCCUUUAUCGUCUGCUAUCAAAAGGGAAUUUGCAGACCAAAAGAUCGAGGGCGGAGAGUUAAAAAACUUUCUAAAUGCCAAAAGGAAUGGAAAAGUUAAAUCAAAUGUGACUGGAUCUCAGUUGAUGAACAAAGUUUUAAAACAUGACGUUGUAGGUGAUAACAAUUUUGAACGGGUCGAUAAAAUGGGACAGGUUGCUCAGGAAAAUGGGAUAAGCGGGAAGAUUUUGAAAUUUCAGCCCGCUGUGCAUAGGACGGGUAAUAUGAUUGGUGGAGAGGAGACCAAAGAUACAGGAGUCAGAACUGUGGAUAAGGAAGUCAGUGAGAAGAAAGACGAUAAGGACGAUUUAGUGGUGAACACCAAAAACGUGCAUAAUACUCAACGGAAUACGAAGACGAUGGACGAGUUUGUUAAAAAGCGGAAACAAGAAAAGUUAGAAACGGAAGAUGUGCAAAGUUAUAAAACGCGGAAGAUUCACCAGUUUAGAGUUGACGUCGAAGAUUUGAUGGCAGAGACGGUGGGUGGGUUCCUGCCGUGGGAAAAACAAGGAUAUUUUAGUCGUCUGUUGAAGAAGAAAGAAGAAGCGACCCGAACGAGUUCCCAAUACGAAUCAGAAGCCCUGAAGGGCAGGAAGCUGAUGGACACAUUCGCAGAUUCCCUUCGCCACGUCAACAAGAUCUACAACCGCGUAUUCGGAUAUUCGGCACGGAAGGUUCCCGCUCACAUGCCGCACAUGAUCGACAGACAUAUCAUGGCGGACCUCCAAGAAAGAUUUCCAAAAGACUGGGACGUCACAUCAUCUCAUCGUAUCCGCCACUCUAAAGACAUGCAGUAUGCCUUCUCUUACUUCUAUUACGUGAUGGGCGAACCAAAGAAUCUCACCGUGAAUGAAGUGUUUGAGAGGAUGGACGUCGACCACUCAGGUGUCCUCUCCGACAGAGAAAUCCGUACCUUAGCCACAAGAUUGUAUGAUCUCCCUCUUGAUCUGAAGACUCUGGUUGACCUGGAAUUGUUGCUGAAGAAUUGUUCGAGCGCCCUCCCAGCCCAGCAUAAGGAAUAUGUGCAAAGGUCGGCACUGGAGUCGUACUAUGACAAGGAAAUGCCUCAGAUCACCAUGAAUGUUGUCCUCUUCUGCGAUCCUCUCAUUGAUAUGAUGAGCAGGAACUUCCAACCAGAAACGAAAUACAAGUAUGAAUUAGUGAUGGAAGAAGAAAUAGCGUUCAAGAUGAUCAGGACGAAUGUCUCUCAGGUGGUAGGACAGCUGGAUGAUAUACGGAAAAACCCAAAAAAAUUUGUUUGUUUAAAUGACAACAUUGACCAUUCCAAAGACACUGCUGAAACAGUCAAGGCGGUCCUGACUGAUUUUUACGAGUCACUCUUCCCCGAGCCGUCGCAAUUUGAGCUGCCUAGGGAGUACAGGAAUCGAUUCCAACAUGUCGAUGAGCUGAGAGAUUGGCGGGGAUAUCGAGAGUACCUGCGUAAAUUCACUCAUGUUGCCGUAUUCCUACUCAUCCUUUUUGCCAUUGCUACAUUUUUCUCAGAUCGGAUUGAUCAAAUCCAGCGACGCUAUUUUCGUCGUCGUCCUGCCCCUACAGCUGACGAAUCAGAAUCUGGGACAGAAUCAGCAUCAUCGUCAUCAUCAUCACCUCUGUCAUCACCAUCGUCAGCUAGCUCAUUCGAGGAACCAUUUUUACCGCCACAUUCGAAAUCUAGUCUUGAAGUUUGAAAACUUGUGAUCUUCUUUAUUGUUUUGAUAUACAAGGUCAUGUAGUCAGGACACCUCUCUAUCAAAGACAGCAUUUGUCAGUCCCGAGGAUGUCCUUAGUUCUGCUGUAGUUUACUUGUCAUUUAUUCACAGUAGAACCUUUCUAUUGAGGACACCCUCGGGACUGAUAAGAGCUGUCCGUGAUAGAGAGCUGUCCUGAUCAGAGAGGACAAACUGAAUGGAUACAACCAAUUUUGGAUUGAAAGUAGUGUCCAUGAUGUAGAGAUUGUCCUUAAUAGUGAGGUGUCCGCUAACAGAGGUUUCACUGUAUUUCUAAUUCUAGUCUUCAUUGUAUGUCAGCAUGUUUACACAGAAAUGCUUCCCAUCAUGAAAAUGUUUGAAAUGUAAAUAAUUAUGGCAACAAAAGUUAUUUUGGGUGUAGAAGUUUUCCGUGACAUCAUGGAGGACUGACAAUUAGAGAGAUGUAAAGUCUCUAGGUAGCUAAUUCCAUCAAUUCUUAAGUGAGAUAGGGAUCAAGUUCAGUUACCCAGUUUCCCGUUUUGUCGGUGGGCUUAUCCUUUGGUUUGUACUAAAAAUUUUUUUAUAAGGAGUUUUGUUGAUGAGAUCUAUAAAAAUACCUGCCACCCACUACAGGCCUUUCUGUUACUCAGGGGUGGGGAUGAAAAACAUGUCUUCAAAAGGGGGUGGGGAUGUUCUAUGGAAAAUAAAUUGUCAAGAAAAGGAGUGGGGAGGGUGCUCUUCUAUUCCCAUGUGAUGGGGGUUGCCCCCUGGAGUCAAUCUUUUCCACUGGUCUCAAGAUGAUAAGGUCAAAAUGAGAUUUUACCUCGUUAACUCUUAUCUCUCUUUGUGUACCAUGGUCGCAGAUUUGGGAGAUAUAAAGAUUUGUCUUUAUCACUCCUUGGUAUUGAGGUUGUGGAGGUAGCAUUCUGCGUUUACACCAAUUUUGUGACAUUGAACAAAUAUGCUCCUGAAUAUAAAGUUUGACAUGAAAAGUGUGGACUUUUCUCUUGACAUUUAAACCUCAUGGAAACUAACAUUAUAAUCAUAAUAUUGUGUUGUAGAAAAUAAUACUUAUGACUUUAUCUUUAUUUGUUAAUUGUGCUUUAACAGGGCAGGGUUUUACACACCAUGUGUAUGAUAAUAAA